UGGGUUUGUGAAUUUUUGAAUUUUCAGUUACAGAUUCUUCAAUGUCUACCUUCGACACCUUUCACAUACAUAGGAUAACCUACCAAGGUACCUAGGCAUGUCCCAGACUUGAGAUUGGGAGGGGUAUAUUAUACCCAUUCUACACUUCCAAUCCCUACUUCUUCACAAGAAAUCCCACUUUGGCCGUGGUGUCGCAUGCGAAGAUGUUGCGCGGGAUACCCUUCCCAAGCAUGUACGGCACCUCGUCGACUCUCUGCCGCAGAUGCCUUCUACAAUCCUUCGCCGCAAGACGACAUCAGGCUAGACACAUAUCUACAAGUUUCUUACAAAAACAGGCCGAGGCCGAAGCACAAUGGGCCGAGCGCGCCCAGUCGAUUAAAGAGGGGAAGAUACCACACCUUUGGGAUACCCUCAAAGAGCGUGGUUAUGUUAAAGAUAUUGCCGGAAAUGAGGGUCAGCUUAAAGAACUUAUGAGAGACAAAAGAAUAGGCGCUUAUGUCGGAAUCGAUCCCACCGCGCCAUCUCUCCACGUCGGCCAUUUACUACCUCUGAUGGCUCUUUUCUGGAUGUACAUAAACGGCUACAGAGCGAUCAGCCUAGUAGGAGGCGCCACAGCUAAGAUCGGAGACCCUACCGAUCGAUUAAAAAGUCGAGAGCCUAUGACUGGAGCUGAUAUAAGCAGGAACAUCACCAAGGUACACUACCAAUUGAAGCGUUUAUGGGUCAACCUCGAGGCGCUUGCCCCACGUUACGGCUACCAAAAAGAAAAAAGAGUUUGGAGUCGUGCUCUCCACAAUAACUCGAUAUGGUACAGCAGCUUGUCCUUCACGGAGAUUAUCGGCAGACUUUUCAGCGGAGUGCGAUUAAGUACGUUGCUCUCGCGCGACACCGUCAAGAACAAGAUGGAAAAGGGGGACGGCAUGACGGUCGACGAGCUCAUAUACCCCUUACUGCAGGCCUGGGAUUUCUGGAUGAUGUUUAAAAGAAAUGGCGUUCGAAUGCAGAUUGGUGGCUCCGACCAAUACGGGAAUAUCGUCUCUGGUGUUGAAGCUGUCAAAUACAUACGAGACAACGAACCCAAUCCGUCCUGGAAGUUUCCAAAAGACUUGUUUCAUACCCCCUUCGGAUUCACUACUCCUCUUUUAACCGACUCUUCAGGCAACAAGUUCGGGAAGUCCGCUGGCAAUGCCGUCUGGCUGGACCCAUUCAUGACGACCCCCUUUGAUAUGUACGGUUAUUGGAUGCGUCGGCCGGAUGAUGAUGUUGAGAGGUUGCUUAAGCUCUUUACAUUCCUUCCCCUGGAAGAGAUCGCUAAGAUCGUGGAGAAGCAUAAAGAGGACCCGCCUAAGCGUGUCGCCCAGCACGCACUCGCUUUCGAGGUGGUCGCUCUAGUACACUCAUUCCAGGAAGCCGUGAAUACCCAGAACCGACAUAAGGGCUUAUUUUCAAAGGGAGAUACCGAAGUAACCAAGUACCCUAGCGAAGGCCCGGCGAAUGCAAGUACGGCUGCGGCAUUCCAAUGCGAUAUUCAGCUUCCCGAGUCUUUGAUUAUGGGCAAAUCGAUAUCCCGUAUUCUCUUCGCUGCGGGCCUGGCCGAUAGCAUCACCGACGCUCACCGCCUAACAAAACAUCAGGGAGCUUACGUCGGCGGCCGCCCCGGAUCGCCCAACGACCCUCUUGAUCGAGCAAUGAGAAGCGGUGACUUGUCAUUCACGCCGAUCAAGAAUUGGUUUCCUCAGGAGACUCAAAAUUACCUCAUAGAUAAAAAACUCCUGAUCCUGCGACGAGGGAAACACUUCGUCCGGGUCGUCGAAAUGGUUACGGACGAGGAAUGGAGCAAGCGCGGUAUGACGUACCCCGGCCAACCGGGCACGGGCAAGGUUCGGCAGUUGCAGGCUGCGUUGAAGCAGGCAGCCGAGAGCGAAGGUCUACGGGAUGACCCCGAAACAGUGAAGAGGUUGGUAGAUCGUGUAACGCUUUUGUAUUCGAAAGAGGAAAAGUUGUACGAUCUAUAUUCGCCCAAAGUGGAUAAGGAAUGGAUUUUGGAAAAUGAGAAAGGUAGUAUCUUAGGAGAUGUACAGGAAAACCGUGCGCAGACGAUCUUGCGGCAAUCUAUGAGGCAUAUCCGUCACCUCGGACCUCAAUCCGCCAAGAGCAAGACAGAUGCGAUCGACGAAGCCAUCAGGAAUGCUGCGAUGGAGUUGGGAUUAUUCGACUCCACAGACGGUAAGGCGGCGAAUUUAGACUUACCAGUCCACGAAUUGUCUGAUAUCUCGGCUCAUGUGAGGAAAAAGGCUUCGUUUAAACCCGGGUACAAUGAAAUCAGCAAGCAACGUCCUCCGGUGGAAACCAACAAGGUGAAAGCUCGUCCUCCGGUGAAAAUCAGCAAGGUGAAAGGUCGUUCUCCGGUGGGAAUCAACACGGUGGAAGCUAGCAUGAUCAAGGACCGUUCAGACUAGUUGUAA